AUGUCCAAAAUCCCAAGGAGUUUUAGAUUAUUAGAAGAAUUAGAGAAUGGUGAGAAAGGUCUUGGCCCUGAAUCAUGUAGUUACGGUCUAGCAGAUGCAGAUGAUAACACAAUGACAAACUGGAAUGGUACAAUAUUGGGUCCACCUCAUAGUAACCAUGAGAAUAGAAUAUAUUCAUUGGCCAUCGAAUGUGGACCAGAAUAUCCUGAUCAACCACCAAAAGUGAAAUUCAUCUCCAAAGUGAAUUUACCUUGUGUAGAUCAAAAUACCGGCGAUGUCAUAGUUAAGGAUUUCCAUACAUUGAGUGGGUGGAAGAGAUCAUAUUCUAUGCAAACUGUACUUUUGGAUUUAAGAAAAGAAAUGGCAACCCCUUCAAAUAAAAAAUUACCUCAACCAAAGGAAGGUUCAACGUUUUAA